AACACCACUUCAUUCAAUAAAUCCUAGAUGCAAGCUGAUUUAGAUGAUAAAAAUAAUGAAGCUAAAACAAACGGGAUUUUAUCUAAUGCCAAAUCAGAAAAGAAUAUUAAACCUAGAAGGAUAUUUAAGAAACCUGAGGGUAUGCAUAGAGAAUUAUACUCCUUAAUCAGAAAUGAUAACAAGGAGCCGCCUCCUUUUAUUAUUACGGAUCUGACACCUACAAAAUAUAUGACUAAUAAAAUAUAUGUCAAUAAGCAUAAAAAAGUUAGAAAAUGGUUAUGGACUUCAUUUAAUCAUUCUGAAAGAAAAGAUAAUUUAAAGUUAUUUCACUGGCAAAGAGAACAAGAUAUAGAUACUGGCAAACCUUAUCCAUUUGCAAAAUUUAAUAAGUCACCAGAUGUACCUGUGUUUACAAAUGAAGAAUAUGACAAAUUUUUAGUGAGUGAAAGUUGGACCCAAAAGGAAACUAAUUAUCUGAUAUAUUUAGCCAAGCAAUUUAAUAUAAAUUUUAUUGUGAUGAAUGAUCGAUGGGACAGAAAUAUAUAUGGUGAUAAGCAUAACAGCAUUGAAGAUUUAAAAAAACGUUAUCAUGAUAUUUACAAUGCUUUGGCCAAAGUUUUUAAUGUAUAUAUGUAUAUUAAUAUAAUAUGUAUUGAGGCACGGGCCCCUAUAGGCAUUGAGCCUAAUUUAUGGUUAUUUGAUGCUGCUUAUGAAAUGAAACGGAAAACACAAUUAAAUAAUUUGUGGAAUAGAACUCCUGAACAGAUUGAAGAGGAGCAAUAUCUAAUACAAAAGCUAAAGAAGAUAGAGACUAGGAAGAAAGAUCGGGAAAAAAAAAUUCAAGAUUUGCAAAAAAUAAUAUCGAUUGCUGAUUCAAACUUGAUAGCUCAAAGAUGUAAAAAAUAUUUAACCGAAACUCAAGCCUUAGAUGAAGUUAAUAAAAUGGCGGUGAGUCCCAAUAAACAAUACUUUGGGGAAGAAAUAAUCCGAGACAGUAGUAACUUAAAUGAAAUCAACAUUAAGCUGGAAGAAUUGUCCAAUAGUUCAUCACUGAAUUACAAUCAUCUCGAUGUUAGUUCAGAAGAAACGGGUAGUAAUUUUAGUUUUAACCAACCACCCAUCAAUCCUCAUACCCCGAACAAUCCCAAUAAACGAUUUAAAAACUCGCCCUCUUUCAAAAACGUGAGGGGAAGUAAUCAAACUCAAAUUAGUAGGCUUUCGUCCUCUCAAAAUGCCAUGUUCAAUAAAUACGGGUCGUUUCAGACUGGUUCAAUGUCCACGAAUAUUGGUCAAUCUACCAGUAGGGUCUCUAGUAAACAACGACAUCAUAACAGGGCCUCCGCCUUUCAUCAUUAUCAACAGGCAAUGUUUGACCAAGCCAAUUUCUCUGGUAUCAAAUUUCCUGAUUAUAAAUCCUCCGGUGUUUUCCUGAGGAGCAAUAAGAUGAAAUUACCUAUAAGCUUGGGUCAGAAAAAGACCAAAGCCAUUGAACAAGCUUUAGUCGAACUUUUAGGAGGAGGUGAGUCCGGUAUUAAGCCACCUCCAUCUAACCCCAACCCCCUAGAGAAUAGUCAAGAUCCUAACAAAAACUACGAGAAAGAUGGGAGAGAAGAAAAGGAAAAAGAAGUAAUUAACAGGAACGCCGUAUCUUAUUACAAUCACCCUUACCAUCCUCCAGCGAAUGAAUCUGUCGUGCUAGCUUUUAAUAAUUUACGCACAGAUAUCAUCCUUUUGUACGAACUCAAGGGAGCUCUGACAGCCACGCAACACGAAAUCCAAUAUCUUAAAAUGUACAGGGACGAGAUAUCCCAAGCAAAUUUUAACUCACAAGAUGCCUUGAAUGAUGAUGGUAGUGUUAAUGAUGAUAUUUCUUUUAAUGCUACUACUACAACACAUGAACAACAAGAGACAAAUGUUAGUCAACAUGACGAAAGCAUGGAUUUUACCACCGCUAAUAAUUUUAUCGAUAUUUCCGCCCAAAGAAUAAAGAUGGAAUAUAAAGAACUAACCAGUAUACCAUCAUCUACUAAUUUCGCCGGAAAUGAGCCUAACGAUCUCCAUCUUAUUAAAGAAGAAAAAUGACCCAUUAUAAUUCACCUUUUUUUCUAAUUCAUAUUUGCGUCUUAGUUUAUAUUUAUUCGUCCGUUUAAAAUAAAUAUGGAAUUGUUUUCCCUAU